AUGUCGCAAGAUGGUCUCGCGUUCAACUGCGCCGUCGUCACCGGUGGAGGCGGCGGUAUCGGCCGUGCACUAGCCGAGUAUUUGAUCUCCAAGGGCAAAAAGGUUCUUCUCGCUGGGAGAACUGAGUCGAACCUCAAGUCUACGACUCAAGAUAUCGGUGCUGCGGGUUACUAUGUUCUUGAUACUGGCAAGACGGCCGAUAUCCCCGCUUUCGUCAAGAAAAUCACCAGCGAACAUCCGGAGCUUGACUGUCUUAUUAACAACGCUGGUGUUCAGCGCCCAAUCGACGUCCUCAAGAACGAUGAUUUCCUUGAAAAGGCAGACCAGGAGAUUGAUAUCAACAUCCGAGGACCGAUGCAUCUCUCCUUCGCUUUGAUCCCUCACUUCAAAACCAAGCCCAACGCGCUCAUCGUCAACAUUACCAGCGGUCUAGCCUACAUUCCCUUCUCGGUCAUCAACCCUGUAUACAAUGGCACCAAAGCCUGGUUGCACUUCUUCUCCAUGAACCUGCGCACUCAACUGAAGAACACCAAGAUUCGCGUUGUUGAGAUUGCCCCGCCGAUGGUGGAGUCGAACUUACAUCGUGAGAGGGAGAAUCCUGAUGAUAAUAAGAAGGAAUAUGCGCCCCAUACAUUGACGAUGGAGGAGUUUAUGGGAGAGAUUGUGCCCAAGUUUGAGAAGGGUGAUGAUACGAUUGGGGCGGGUAUGGCGGCUAAGGCUAUUGAUACGUGGUAUGGAGCUUUUGGUGGACUAUAUGAAGGUGCUGCUAAGGACUAUAAGAGUGCCCUAUGA